UGUAAUUUGACUGCCACCGAUUUUGCUAUCGUUGGCAGCCAUCAUUUGAGAAGCUUUUAAAUUCAAACGAUCAAGUUCUAAUGCCGAAAGACAAAUCCUCUACUACGAAAUCCAAUGGAAUAAAGAAAGUAAAGGGUGAGAACUUCUACAGAGAUGCAAAAAAAGCUUCAAGGGUCAAGAUGUACACAGGCGGCAAAGCCAGGAGAGACCCUAAUGGUAAAAUCAUAGAGUCUGCCGCUUUUCAAAAAACUGAGAAGGAGACCGACAUGGGCAGAGUUGCACCUGAUAGACGCUGGUUUGGAAACACCAGAGUUAUCUCGCAAGACGCAUUAAACCACUUUAGAGACAGCUUAGCUGAGAAGUCCCACGAUCCUUACUCUGUCGUCCUCCGCAGGAACAAGCUUCCUAUGGGUCUUAUCCAAGAGCCAAACCUCGGAAAAGCCAAGGGAAUGGCCGGAAACCAUAUCGUAGAUACUGAACCAUUCAGCGACACCUUUGGUCCAGGCGCUCAGCGUAAAAGACCAAAUCUCGAUGUCAGCAGUUUUGAAGAGCUCGGCAAAUCAGGUGCAGGUGCUCGCACUGAGGAUCAGCUCGAGGCAGACGCUCCUACACCUUCCUUAGAUGAUAUCAAGAACGUUAACAAGUCAAAGCCUGCUGUAUCCCUCGGCGUCGAUCAAGUUGAUCAAGAUCAAAUUCCUUUCGACUUGGGCGAUUUACGCAACUCAAACAGGGAAGCUGCUUAUCGUAAAGGUACUAGUAAGCGUAUUUGGGCUGAAUUAUACAAGGUCAUCGACAGUUCAGACGUCAUCAUCCAUGUUCUUGACUCCCGUGAUCCAGAGGGCACACUUUGUAACAGUGUUUUGGAAACAGUUAGAAAGGAACGUUCACACAAGCAAGUCAUCCUCGUUAUCAACAAGGUCGACUUGGUUCCAACAUGGGUUACUGCAAAAUGGGUAAAGCAUCUCUCAAGGACUUAUCCAACUUUAGCCAUGCACUCAAACAUCAACAACUCGUUCGGUAAAGGUGCACUCAUUCAGCUUCUCCGUCAAUUCUCAGUUUUGCAUUCGGACAAGAAGCAAAUUUCUGUUGGUCUUAUUGGUUAUCCAAAUGUUGGUAAAAGUAGCAUUAUCAACACUCUCAAGAAGAAGAAGGUCUGCAACGUUGCACCAAUUCCUGGUGAAACUAAAGUCUGGCAAUAUGUCUCUUUGAUGAAGAGAAUCUACAUGAUUGACUGUCCAGGUAUCGUUCCAGUAUCAAAGGGUGACUCUGAUACCGAUACCGUAUUGAAGGGUGUCGUACGUGUUGAAAACUUGGCUACACCACCAGAGCACAUCGGUGAACUCUUAAAGAGAGUUAGACAUGAAUAUCUUGAACGUACUUACCAAAUUACCAAACCAACGGAUGGUGUAUGGGAAGGUGAAAGAGGUACAGAAGAUGUCUUACAGAAGAUUGCCAAACGUACUGGUAAAUUACUUAGAGGUGGUGAACCGGAUCAAAAUGCUGCUGCAAAGAUGGUUCUUAACGAUUGGAUUAGAGGAAAGAUUCCAUUCUUUACAGCUCCACCUGGAAUUGAUGCUGACCCAGUCAUCAAGACGCUUCCUGAAGAACCACAAGUGAAGCCAGCUGACUGGAAGGGCAAGGGUAAGGCUACUGAACAUGAUGAACAAGAGGAUGUUCCAUCUAAGCAAUUGAAGGGUGUCAGCCAGCCAAUCAAGCAGAUUCCAGUAGCUACCAAGUUCUUGCCUGAUGAUGUUAAGGGUCAUGAGGAUGCCUUCGAGAAUGAUAAUGAAGGUGAAUUGGCGGAUGCAGACGCUGAUGAUGCUAUCGCUCUCAACGAGGAAGAUGACAGCGAAGAGGAAGAAGAAUACGAGGAGCCAGCACUCGAAGAAAUAGGAUGGGACGAAGUAUUCAACAAUGGUGAAGUAGCUGAAUCAGCUAGCGAAGAUGAGCAACCAAAGAAGGUCAACUUUGCAAGCGACGAUGAAGACCAGCCAAAGAAGACUAAGGAGCCACGUAAGACAACGUCCAAGGCUAAAAAGACCAACUACUACACUACUGCCAACGUCAAGAACAAGAACAAAAAUAAGCAAAAGCCAGAACCGCCAUCUGAGGAAAUCGAAAAGAAGAAGCGCAAAUCUGGUAGUCUCCGUAACACUCAAAACAAGAAGAAGAAGUAACGAUUUUAUUGUAUUUAAUAUAGAUUUAUUAUUUAUUCCUUU